AUGUCAUCUACAAAUGACAAGAACUUGUCUCUAUCAUUAUGUACUAUAUUGGAUAGUUUUGGGUACAGUAAAGAGCAAAUUGAACUUCGAUCAAAACGAAUGGAUGACCUUUUUCAAAAGCAUGCAAACACUAUCAACUCUAAAUAUGGUCUUUUACAUGUACCGGUAUUUACAUUCGUAUCAGCUGGCAGUGCAUGUGAAGGUAUCCAACUGUCCGACAGUGAUAUUGACUAUAUGAUAGCAUUUCAAGAUAUCAUAUGCGUUGAUGAAGGUUUCGAGAAUAGUAAAUGCAUAGUUCUUGAAAGUUAUCGAAAUAGUACGGCACCAGGUUACACAAAAAUAGUUUUAAUUUCUAACCACAAUUCAUUUGAUUUAAGAAUGCCUUUUAAUGGAACGUACAUGCGUUUGCAAACAUUAAGCAAAUAUCGUACGCAAUCGGGGAAAAAAUAUAUAUCUAGUGAACAGUUCAAAGGUAGUACAUUGGAUUUAAUGAAUGGUUUUGAAUUGAAGGUCUUUGAUAGUUGUACAGGACCCGCCUUCCAAUCCAAUGGUGAUUUCAAUAAUGAACAAGUAGAUACAGUGUUUAGUUUUUAUUUCUAUGGAGGUAAUUAUUUAAACAGGUGGACAAACAGGUCAAGGAAUCAUGUGUGGCCUACUCCCGAGGCUGUGAAUGAAGUAUCCCAGAUGGAAGGAUAUAUUGUACCAAUUGGAGACAAAAAAAGCGACAUGCAAGCAUAUGAAUGGAGAAUAUGUUAUACUACAGCAGAAAAGAAAUUAGUGUCAAGUCUUUCCGAUACUCAACUUAAAGCAUACGUAUUAUUAAAAAUCAUGGCUAAAACACUACUGAAACCUAGAUGUAACUUUUUAACUUCAUAUGUAGUAAAAAACGCUAUUUUCUGGGUCAUGGAAAUGACAGAUUCCUGUCAGUUAACGCCCAGUCACUUAGUUAAUCUUAUUCAAAAAGCGAUAUUUUUCAUAAAGCACUGCGUCAUUAACAAUCAUUUACCAAACUACAUGAUACCAGAAAGAAAUCUGCUAAGAGGUGAUGUGUUUGGUAAAGAUAAAGUUGCCGUCAUAAGCUUCCUGUCAGACUGCCUCGAUGAAGGUGGUAGUAUCCUUCUUAAAGUUCCUAAAUUAUAUCAUUCAGUCGCAUUAGCAAUUUCCAAACCUGAAUUUUUUUCCGCGUUCAGGAAAUGGAGAGAUGAGGCAGAAAGGUUAACACAUUCGUUUGAAAACAUAUUUGUUGAGGAUAAUUACAAACUAUUGUUUCAUUUUUUACCAGAUUUGUACAUUUUGAUCUGUUCAGGGAAAACCAAAGAAGACUUAAUUCAAAUUCUUGUUGAACGGCUGUGUGCUUUGAAAUUCCUUUAA